GUGAACUAAGGAAGCCAGUAGAAGUAGGUGUUCCUUUGAUUUCAAAUAUUGAUUGCACGAGAGUCCUGACGAUUGGAAGAAAACAGCACCACUCUUCCAUCUCUAUUUGCAUCUCGUUUCUUGUUUCUGUUUGAAGCUUUUUCUCAAGCUCAAUUUGUCACCGCGGGACAUGAGAGUUCUGAUAUCAGUUUACGGAGAAACGUAAUGGAUAAGAGUUGGAUGUAUCAAUCUCGGUUGACCAGUGAGUAUUUUAACGGAGUAGAGGGAUUCUUGAAUUUCGCAUUCCAAAACGCAAGUAUCGAUGGGAAAAUUGUUUGUCCAUGUGUGAAGUGUGGAAAGGGCAGAUGGGUGAUGCGAUCUGAGGCAGUAGACCAUCUAGUAUGUGACGGUUUUAUCAAGGGUUACACAAAAUGGAUAGCUCAUGGAGAAGCUUUGUCAUCUACUACAACUGCUCCGAUUCCCACUAAUUCUGGUAAUGCCUUGGGCACAAAUAAUAGCAUGCGUGAGAUGUUGCAUGAUACAUUCGGGAUCUCAAAUAGAGAUGUUGGCAUGGAUGACAUGCCAAAUAAUGUAGAGUUGUCAAAUGCAGAUGCUAAAAAAAUUUAUAAGUUGGUAAGUGAUGCCCAAAAACCUUUGUACCCUGGGUGUAAAGAGUUUUCAAAGCUUUCAUUGCUCGUUGAACUAUUUCACAAUAAGUGCCUUGGAAAAUGGACCAACGACUCAUUUACCAGGCUACUUCGGACAUUCAACAGGGCACUUCCAGAGGGUGAGAAAUUGCCCAACUCAUAUUAUGAAGCGAAAAAAGUGUUGGGGGAAUUGGGUCUCUCUUACAAAAAGAUUCAUGCUUGCCCUAAUGAUUGCAUGUUGUAUUGGAAAGAGCAUAUUGAUGAUACAGAAUGUCAUGUAUGUCAUGAACAGAGGUACAAAACUGUUGACAAUCAUGAAGGAGCAGAAGGAACCUCAGCAAAAAAGUGUAAAAAGGUCCCCAUAAAGGUUUUACGCCAUUUUCCGUUGAUACCAAGGCUACAAAGGUUGUUCAUGUCGUCAAAGAUUGCAUCUUUUAUGAAGUGGCAUGAUGAGGGUCGAACCAAAGAUGGUUGCAUGCGUCAUCCUGCCGAUUCCCUUGCUUGGCAAACUUUUGACUUCCAACAUAAGGAAUUUGCUACAGAUUCACAUAAUGUUAGACUUGGAUUAGCGUCAGAUGGAUUUAAUCCUUUUGGGAUGAUGAGUAAUGUGCAUACACCUGGAAAUAACAUUGAUGUUUAUUUGCAACCAUUGAUAGAGGAGCUGAAAGAGUUAUGGGGGGUCGGAGUAGAUACACUUGAUGCUUCAACCAAUCAAAAUUUUAAGAUGCAUGCUGCCUUAAUCUGGACUAUCAAUGAUUUUCCUGCAUAUGCAAAUUUGUCUGGGUGGAGCACUAAAGGGCGUCUUGCAUGUCCAUCAUGCCAUAAAGACACAUGUUCUUCUUGGUUGAAGUAUAGUGGGAAGCAUAUCUACAUGGACCAUCGACGAUUCUUGGAGGAUAGCCAUAUGUUUAGACGAGAUAAGAGGUCAUUUAAUGGAAAGGAAGAACGUCGGAAGGCAAUUUGUCGCUUAACUGGGUCUAUGAUACAAGAUCAGCUAAAAUGCGUUCAAUUUAAGUUUGGAAAGCUAGUUAAGGAUAAUCAUUAG